AUGAGGCUCGGCGGCGUCUCCUUGCUGCUGCUGCUGCCGCUGCUGCUACAGAACGCUGCGGUCUGCGACGCCGCCAACAUCCUGGCCGUAGUCUGGCUCAUCUCGCCCAGCCACUUCUCCAUGCUGGGCCAGCUGUUCUCGGAGCUGGCCGCCAGGGGCCACAACGUCACCGUGCUGAGCCACUUCCCGCGGCAGGCGCUCCAGCCCAACUACACCGACAUCAGCAUCGCCAGCAGUCUGCCCUCUUAUGCCAACAAAGUCUACAAACACCCAGAGGUGGAGAAGCUGGUCCACUCCCAAGACCACUACGACCUGGUGAUCGCUGAGAUCUUCUACGUCGACUGCAUGGCCGUGUUCGCGCACAAGUUCCGAGCUCCUCCUGUUAGCAUCGUUACCAGUAUGGCGUUCCCAAGCGCCUACAACAGGGAUCUGAAGCAGUUUCUGGACGGCAGCCCGCAGGGCGUGGUGUACUUCAGCCUGGGCACCAUGGUGCGGCCAGACACGUUCGCGCCGGAGAAGCUCCAGGCGUUGCUGGACGUCUUCGACGAGCUGCCGCAGAGGGUGCUCUGGAAGGUGGACCCAACCAAGGUGCCGCGCCUGCCGCCCAACGUGAUGGCCAGCAAGUGGAUGCCGCAGAACGACGUCCCCAACCACCCGCACGUGCGCGUGUUCAUCACGCACUCCGGCCUGAUGGGCACCCAGGAGGCGGUGGCGGCGGGCGUGCCCAUGCUCGCCACGCCCAUGUUCGACGACCAGUUCCUCAACGCGGACCGCGUCGUGGCCGGCGGCAGCGGCCUCAAGCUGCUCUACCGAGACCUCAGCCGAGGCACGCUGGCCGCCGCCCUCAACCAGCUGCUCAACGACCCGAGGUAUUACGAGCGCGCCAAGCAGCUGUCUCGGCUGUUCCGGGACCGCCCCCGGCCGCCGCUGGAGGAGGCGGUCUACUGGGUGGAGUACGUCAUCAGGCACCAGGGGGCGCCGCACCUGAGGUCCGCCGCGCUGGACCUGGCCUGGUACCAGUACCUGCUGCUAGACGUCGCUGCCUUCGUAGUGGCCACGAUGGCAGCGGCGCUGCUCGUACUGUACCUCGUCAUUCGCAAAAUAUCGUCCUGCUUGGUGGGGGCCUCUUGCCCCGUGCCAAAGGGGAAGAAGAGGAACUGAGACGAUCCACACCACAGCCCACGAUAACAGUUAAAUGUACCACCCACCGUCGCAUCUUUGGAUAGGCUG